ACACUUUCUGUCUCUCUCUCUCUCUCUCUCUCUCAAAAGUCUGAAUCCAAUUCCAACUCAUUUCCCCAAAAAACGCAAAGGGAAGAAGAGAAGAUAACAAGCAGAAGAAAGAGUACUCAAAACACAAAAGAGAAAGUGAAAAGCAUUCAUUCAGCACAACAACAACAACAAGAAAAUUCUAGACAUAGAGAGAGAAAAAGGUACAACACUUGCAGGGUUAUUAUCGUAAUAUUAUUAAUCAUAAUGCCUCUCACCUUACCUCGCCGGAGAAUGCAUUGAGUUUUUUCCGCCAUCACUUUCCAACUCAAAAUGAAAUCCGACGCAGAAAAAGACCUUCUCAAGCCAUCACCGCCGGCAACCGCGGUCGUCUCUACCGGCCGGAGCCGCAGGGUGACACCAACAAGUCUCGUCACCGAACCAGAUUCCGCCGUCGAACGCCUCUUACCGAACGGCGAUUUGUACACAGGAAACUUCUCCGGGAACGCUCCGAGCGGAUCCGGCAAGUACCUCUGGUCCGACGGAUGCAUGUACGAAGGAGAAUGGAAGCGCGGCAAAGCCUCCGGCAAAGGCAAAUUCUCGUGGCCUUCCGGCGCAACCUACGAGGGCGAGUUCAAAUCUGGUCGAAUGGAAGGGUUCGGAACCUUCACCGGAUCCGACGGGGACACCUACCGCGGGUCAUGGAGCUCCGACAAGAAGCACGGGUACGGCCAGAAACGCUACGCGAACGGCGAUUUCUAUGAAGGUUCUUGGAAGCGCAACGUUCAAGAUGGGCAAGGUAGGUACGUGUGGAGGAACGGGAACGAGUACGUUGGAGAAUGGAGGAACGGCGUUAUCUCAGGGAGAGGGACGCUGACGUGGCGUAACGGAAACCGUUACGAAGGUCAGUGGGAGAACGGUGUUCCGAAGGGGCAAGGUGUUUUCACGUGGCCGGAUGGGAGCUGCUACGUUGGAUGCUGGAGUAGGGACCUUAUGAUGCACCAGCACCAGCUUAACGGUACUUUCUACCCUGGCAGGAGUAGUAAUGGGAAGGGUCCCGUUUGGGGGGAUAACUUCACCAUAACCAUGAAGAAGAGGUCCUCCGUCGACGGUGGUGCCGGUGCCGGCGCCGGUGCCGGGAAGAUUUGUAUCUGGGAACAGGAUGGUGAUGCCGGUGAUAUCACGUGUGAUAUUAUUGAUAAUGUGUCGAUGUUGUAUCAUGAUGGAACUGGUUCGGAUCGUGAAGAUGGUGAUAAUGUGAAGCUGAAUCAGAUUCAGAAUCAGAAUCAGAAGCAGAAGAAGCAGUUUCAUACGGAGCCUCGUUGUUUCUCCAAGGAGGUGAAGAGGCCCGGUCAGACUAUUUCAAAGGGGCAUAAAAACUAUGAUUUAAUGCUUAAUCUGCAAUUGGGAAUAAGGUACUCUGUUGGGAAGGAAGCUUCGAUAUCCAGAGUGCUGAAACAAAGUGAUUUUGAUCCCAAGGAGAAGUUCUGGACGAGGUUUCCUCCGGAAGGAUCGAAGACUACACCGCCGCAUCAGUCCAUGGAGUUCCGGUGGAAGGAUUAUUGCCCCAUGGUUUUUAGGCAAUUGAGGAAGCUAUUUCAGGUGGAUCCUGCCGAUUACAUGUUGGCCAUAUGUGGGAAUGAUGCUCUUAGGGAGCUUUCGUCACCGGGGAAAAGCGGAAGCUACUUCUACUUGACCCAAGAUGACAGAUUCAUGAUCAAGACAGUCAAGAAAUCCGAAGUCAAGGUGCUUCUUCGGAUGCUUCGAAGUUAUUACCAACAUGUUUCUCAGUAUGAGAAUUCACUUGUGACGAAAUUCUAUGGGGUACACUGUGUAAAACCGAUCGGAGGCCAAAAGACCCGAUUCAUUGUGAUGGGCAACCUUUUCUGCUCAGAGUAUCCAAUCCAUAGACGAUUUGACUUGAAAGGAUCCUCACAUGGCCGUACAACUGAUAAAUCCGAAGAGGAGAUAGAUGAAACUACCACCCUCAAGGACUUGGAUCUCAAUUUUGUCUUUCGUAUACAAAGAAAUUGGUUCCGGGAUCUCAUGAAACAAAUUGAGCGGGAUUGCGAGUUCUUGGAAGCUGAGGGGAUUAUGGAUUACAGUCUUUUGGUUGGCCUUCAUUUCCGUGAUGAUAAUACAUAUGACAAAAUGGGACUAUCACCGUUUGUAUUACGCUCUGGUAAAGAAGAUUCCUAUCAGAGUGAAAAGUUCAUGCGUGGUUAUCGAUUCCUCGAGGCUGAGUUACAAGACAGGGAUAGAGUUAAAUCUGGACGGAAACCAUUGAUUAGGUUGGGUGCCAAUAUGCCUGCAAGAGCAGAGCGCAUGGCCCGGCGGAGUGAUUUCGAUCAAUAUACAACCGUCGGAAUCAGCCAUUUGACCCCUUAUCGCAAUGGAGAGACUAGCGAUGUUGUUCUAUAUUUUGGGAUUAUUGACAUCUUGCAAGACUAUGAUAUCAGCAAGAAGCUGGAGCAUGCGUACAAGUCUUUUCAGGUCGACUCUUCUUCAAUCUCAGCUGUUGAUCCAAAGCUCUACUCCAAGAGAUUUCGCGAUUUCGUAAGCAGAAUAUUCAUAGAAGACAGGUAGACAUGAAAGAAAAUGACGGUUAAAUUUGCCUGAUUGAUCCCAGUAUCCCGCAAAAACAGCUGGAGAUGGAAUCCUUCUUGGAGGUUUAGAGUUUGCCAGUGACAUGUUGGUCAAGAACAGGUCAUCAUUUUUAUGGCUUAACGAGCGAGCGAGGGAGCUCGCCCAGUAUUCAGGUUGUUUUUGUGGCUGAAUUUUAACAUACAGCCAUUGUCAAUUAUAAGGAAGGUGAAUUGAAUGCAAGGAGAUCUCUGUAUAUGGAAGAUGAAGGAAAGGGUCUUUUUUGUUUCUUUUUUCCCCCUCUUGAAGGGGUUGUGGAAUUUUUUUGUGGUUACAUGAUGUGAAGAUGAUAGGUGGAGGAAUAGUUUAGUAAUAAAGAAAAUGUACAGUUUUUAUAGAAAAAAGGAUAAUGGGUAUGCGAUUUUUUUCUUCUUCCAUUUUUGGUUUACUAGUUUGAGAUGUUUUGGAGACAUGGUUAUGAAGUGGACGAGUCACUUUCUUUUGAA